AUCACAUUGACAGAUCCGUAUCCCAGUUUCAGUCCAGUAGUUGCAGUCACUCUGCAAAAUAUGCUUUCGUAAUGGCACUAUCUGAAGUUUGUGGAGUAAGUUCAGUGAUUGGGAAUGGAUUGUCAUAUAAUCAGGGAGAGACUGGAUCAGAUGCAAUGGCAGCACUAUCUAAUUGGACUUGCGGCACAAAUGUUCGAUCAUCGAACUAUGACUUCCAAAACAACAUCGAUAUUGAGAUGUACAACUACGUUGACAAACUCUUGGAAGACAAAUCACCGAAUCAAUUUGACAAUAGCAUGCACGAAACUAAUAAUAGAAACAGUGACCAAUUGCAUUUCCCGGCAAAUGGUCAGAGUGAAACUUAUCUGAAUGGUAUCUCACCAGUUGGACUGCAGUCUAUUAAUGACACUGCCAGGCCGUUUGAAGUGGAUGGGUUGAACAGUAUUUUGUCUGUAAACACAUCGCUGGAUUCUGUGCCGCAGCCAUUUGCAUCUGCCUCGCCUUUUUUGCAAGGAUUCAAUGGACAAGACGAAAAUUAUUUGGGUGCUCCUUCUUUCUAUAACCAGAAUAACUCCAAUGAUGCCCCUCUCCCCCAAGAACCAACACUUCAGAAUUUGAUUGACUAUAUCAAUCGAAGCUCAAAGCUAAUGAACGGAGAUGAAACCUCGAGUAUUGAUCAAUCAUAUAAGAUGGGAUUCCCUGCCGACCUGACCAACGGCUUUGACGACUGUAGCAAGCCGACCAAUGGCGGCCUUGAUCUGAAUGACCUGAAGGUCAGCCUGCCGCAACUGGCUCAGCUGAGCCUGGACCUGACCCCCCAUCCACCACCACCCGCACCAAAGACAAGUGACAGUGGCUCUUCUGUCCCUCCUCCUCCUCCUCACUUCUCGCCCAUCUCUGGUUUCCCGCGGAAUCUGCGGACCAAUGGACAUUUGCAGCAGAAUUACAACGGCUCGCGUAUGAACGGCGACACUCGCUCCUACGGUGACCACUACGCUAACAACGGCAACACCCACCCACACCAAAUGCUGAUGAACAACAAUGUGGAGAAGAUGCGUUACCCGGUGUCUGGGGGUGGCGGAGUUAUGCCAGGCUACCCACAACAGAUGGCUCCGCCCCAACAGAUGCCGCCUCCACAGAUGCCACCGCCUCCGCAGAUGUUGGGUCACUACCCGCGCCACCCUCAAGUGGACGGGCCCUUCGAGGGGGCGGGAGCAUGUCAGCCGCCUCCGCAUCUCUUCCCGGCCGUCUAUCGCAACGGAGGCGUGCGGGGACGCAACGGGCCCGGUAGCGAUUUGCAUCUCAGUCUCGAACUGUGUUAUGAUCAGUUCAAACAGCUGGAGAAGGAGCGUAAGAAGACCGAGGCCGAGCUAGCCCGCCACAACCUGGGCAAGAAGGUGUCAUCGGCCAACAACAUGCCAGUGCCCCGUCUGCCUCCCCAACCCACACGUGUCGACAGGCUCAUCAUCGACCAGCUCAGGGAGCACACCAGGGUGAUCACACUGAUAGGCAAGAUGGAGCACCUGCUAGGUGGCAAUGGGGAUGACAAGAAGCGUAAGAUGCCUUGCAGUGUGUCUGAGACGAUGAACGAGUGGUCGCUCGCCAUCAGACGUGUGCAGCUGUAUCGUCGCCAGGAGAUAUCCAACAUCAGCCUGCGUCAGCCGCCUCAACCACAGGCACACCCCUUCAUGGGUGGCCCGCAUCACCGGCCUGACGAGAACGACAUCGUGAAACUGGGUAACAGCAUCAAAGAGCUGUGCGCUUCAACACGCAAGGCUAGAUCUUUCAUGUGGAUUGCUCUGUCAAUCACCCUGGACAGCAACAUCAGUCAGCCAGCUGACGGCAACAAUGCCUCUUAGAUUCAUCACUUUCGACUCCAGAUCCAUCACUCUUGACUCCUGACACUUAUCACUUCUUCUGUACUUCAACGCAUCACUUGGGCAAGUAGAGUAUCUCACAACGCUACUUCCUUCUAUACGUCAACUUGAUUUACUCAUCGUCUUAAUCGACACCAUCUCCCUCGAUAAUUAUUCGAUAUCUGAUCGAUUCAUUCCUGGAUGAUUGUCAAAUUGAGCUACUCCACGUCACCUUUAUUUACUUCAGUUUAAUCGAUACAAUCGACACCAUCUUCAUGGAUAAUUAUUCGAUAUAUGAUCGAUUCUUUCCUCGUUGAUUGUCAAAUUGAGCUACUUCACGUCACCUUUAUUACUUCAGUUUAAUCGAUAUAAUCGAUACCAUCUUCCUCGAUAAUUAUUCGAUAUAUGAUCGAUUCUUUCCUCGUUGAUUGUCAAAUUGAGCUACUCCACGUCACCUUUAUUACUUCAGUUUAAUCGAUACAAUCAACACCAUCUUCCUGGAUAAUAUUAUUCGAUAUAUGAUCGAUUCUUUUCAGGUUGAUCGUCAAAUUGAGCAUCAUCCACCUCGAUAUUUCGAUAUGAUCGAUGAUUAACUUAUGUUUAAUCCUCACUUUUACCUACCUUAUCAAUAUUAUGUUUGAGUUUAAUAGUUAUUAUCAAAUGAAAAUUUAAUUGAGAAUAAUUGUUAGAUUUGGCCUAUCCAGUAAGAUUGGAUAGUUUAAACUGAUGUAUCGUUAUGUAAUUGAUUUGAAUUUUGUCUACUUAACGUACUACUGUAUUACGUUAAUAGGGUUGGUUAUUGUUGUAUUUUAAAAGUGAUUAUCGACUGUUUUGAGCUGAUAUUCACUAGUUGAAUAGUUUUGAACUUAAAGGGCGUACUGUAUCAAAUAACUGCAACUUUUCAUCAUGCGAUACUGUUUUUAUUGUUUUGUCAUACUUGACAAAAGUUAAAAAAGAUUCUAAUUUAGAUUCUUAAAUAAAAAUUGGAUAAUUUUAAUUCGGUCAAUAGAUUAUAAAUUAGCUUCGUCAGAGUGGCAAGUCUGCGCAAUUUACAAGCUGCUCACUGAAACGUUAUAAAUGUGAAAAUUUAUUUGUAGGAACUCUGAAUCAAAUUUCUAAUCCUCAAUUUAAAAAAAAUAUAUAUUUUUGAAAAAAAUGAAUUUUAGAUGAGCAUAAUAAUUACGAAUUUAGUAAAUUCGUACAAUGUUCAAGCUAUUUUAUUUGAAAACAGAACUGAAUCAAACCGAUUAAAAUAAAAUCUAUGAUCUUCAAUUUUUUACAAAAUUAUCUUAUUUUUCAUCAGCAUCGUUACCGUUGCAAAUCAUAAAAAUUAAUUGAACUAUUUUAUUUGAAAACAGAACCGAAUCAAAUCGAUAAAAUAAAAUCUGUGAUCCUAAAUUUUUUACAAAAUUAACUUAUUUUUCAACAGCAUCGUUACCGUUGCAAAUCUUAAAAAUUAAUUGAACUAUUUUAUUUGCAAACAAAUGAAUCAAACCGAUUAAAAUAAAAUCUAUGAUCCUAAAUUUUUUACAAAAUUAACUUAUUUUUCAUCAGCAUUGUCAUCGUUACAAAUCUUAAAUUUAUCAAGUUCGCUUUCAUGAUUUCUUGAAAAGGUGAACCGGAGCCUCAAGUCAAAAUCAAAAUUAGAUUUUAAUUUUUCAAAAUAUUAUUUCAUGAUAAAUACGUAAUGGCUAAUUAGUAUACAGGAAGUGUGAUGAAAUGUUGCUUGCAUUGUACAGACGUGCCAUUGUUUUAUUAAAUCUUUGUUUUUCGCCGUUUCUUCUGUUGAUUUACUGAUUUUUGAAGUUUAUCAAUUUGAAGUGUUAAUUUCUCUUUGUUAUUGUUGAGAUUUAUCGACAGUCAACGAAACUUAAUAACGAUAUUAACUUAUAAUAUUUUCCCAAAGGUUUAUAACGAAUUUUCCCCACUUAUAAUUCAUAAUAUCAUGAAUGUUCGAGUAUCUUAAUACCCUUUAUGGGUGUCUUUUUGUAAAUGUCUAGCUUAUGGGAAGUUUAAAUCCCUAGAUUCCGGAUAGAGUCAAACAUUUUCUUAUUGUCAAUUUGCAUGAAUCGAUGUUAGUUGUUGAACUCCCCUUGAUGGCGUAGGAGCAAUUAAUAUUAGUCAUAUCUGUGCAAUUCAUGUAGGCCGGAACGAGAGUCUGUAAUUUAUUGUUGGGCAAAUUUCUGAUGAAAAGGUUUUUUCACAAGUUGGAGCCCUGAAAUUUGUUGAAACUUCUAACCUGAUGUGAUAAUAAAGAAAGUUUCAAUUACGGUUUGCUUCUAAAAAUUGAAUAAGAUUGUUAUCGCCAUUCGAUUGAAACUUCACGAAUCAAAAGUCAUUCUAAAAAUUUUCAUAUCCUUAGUGCUCAUAGAUGUGUAUGUUUCGGCGUGUUAAAAGCUAGUGAUUACAAUAUUAUAAUAGUCUAUUUGUCCUUCGAAUUAAUAUGCUCAAUUAAUAUGAUUUUUUAUUUUUAGACUACGAUUUUUCUAAUAUCACACCGUCAUUUAAAGUCUUAUUUUAAAUUUUUUGCAACUAAUGACUGAAAACUUGAAUUUUAAUCAAGUGCAUAAUUUUUAAUUAGAUUAUGGCUUAUAGCAUUUAAAAGUAUUACUUUGCUUUUGGAAAUCGGCCUUUUAUGAAAAUGGUUCUAUUUCAAUAAUGAUUUGUUAGUGCAAUAACAACGCUUUCUGAGUUCAUUUUGGAACAGUGUUAUUUUUAACUAGGUUUAUAGUUUUCCUCAUAUAGAUAGUGGAAUUAAUAUCAAAAUAAUCAGAUGUUGCAAAGCAAUAUAUAUUUGAAUUAGAUUUUUUGUACUUUUGUAUUAACACCAUCCAUGACUUAUCUACUACGUUGACUGUCUAAUUAAUAAAUGUUUUCAGCAUUCUAGAUGUUAGUUUGCUUUCCUAUAAUAAUUAUACGCUUUUCUCCAAUUUGGAGAAUCGUUUCAGUCUGCUACUAAACUAAUAUCAGGCUCCGAAGCCUACUUACUACUAUUUAGGUAAAGUUUAUUAGAUUUCCUUAGACAAUCCUGUUUUAAUAUGCAUGUGAUAUGAUGUAACAAGUAAUAAUAUAUAUAACAAUAUGAGACCAAAUUAUUAUGAGCCCUAGAAUAUUGAAGAACAUGUAAUUUUAAAAAACUGUUCUUAUUUUCUUCGUGAUGUUUGAACAGCCUUUGUGUAAUCGGGUUAGAUAGAAUAGUACAACAAUAAUUGUGUGGGUACAAUUGUUGAAAUUGGUGUGUCUUAUCAAACUUAAUCCAAUAAAUAUAUAUGAAACAAUAUUAUUAAUUUCACAUAUCCGUUCAGUUUUGGUAAACAAAUUUGAGCUUAGUGCAAUAAUUUUUCAUUUAAAUGAAACCUGCUCAACAAAUUUUAUCUUACAUAGAGCAAUACGAUUGGAGCUC